AGGCUUUUGACUCGUCACUCACAGGAGACGCAGGGCAAUGGAUCAAAAGCAGGUUGAAGAUAUUGUAGCCAACGCCCAGUUUGGUGAUUUGAUCGAGUUCUCUUACCCAGUUGGAUUUUCACAUUGGGGUGUGUAUGACGGAGAUGGCCUUGUUAUCCAUUUUGCCAUUGCAGAUGAAGGAGACUUCAUGACGACAUUCCGUGGUUACCUGCAAACAGUGAUUCCCUUUUGUGGAGACUUGCUGCUUGGGGAUACAAAAAUACGUCAGCAACCCUUAGCAGAAAUUAAUGUACCAGAUGGAGCUCAUAUCCUGAUCAGCAACAAUCGCCAUGCCUGUGAGCCAUCACAAGAGGGUGAAAUGAGACAGCGUCGAGAUGCCCUUCUCGGCCAGGAGUUACCCUACAAUCUCUUCGAACUGAACUGUGAACACUUUGCCACAUUUAUCCGAUAUGGGAUGGCUGUGUGCAAUCAGAUCCCUGGUAGGACCAAGAACCAGGAAUGUGAAGAGGCAACAGAAACUUUCCAAAACUUGUGUCCUAAAUGAUCUAUUUAUGAAGAACAAUAUUUAGCUUAUCAUGUACGUUUUGAUAUUGAAUACAUUUUAGACUGUGUGUUAGCCUACUUUUAUUGCAAAAGUAGUUACUUAACAAAUCAGUUGUCUUUCCUGUAAUGUCUCUUUUUUAUAAUGCUCAUGGUGAACAAUAAAUGUUUUAAUGUUAAA